AUGGAAACACAUCUUACCACAAAGAAGAUGGCAGAUUCAACCCCGGAAACCCUAUACGAAAUUGGCUGGAGAAUCAAAGAUCAAUGCGUCAAUGUCAAGCAACUGGUAGAAGACGAAAAUGAUCAAAACCUCGCCGUAUUGAAUGAACUGCAACGUUUCGAGGUGUGGGCAAUCAAUCUCGGACUAUAUCACCGCGGGCACAGUUCCUUCGAUUAUCGGUGUCGUGAUGCACCACGUAUUUUCAGUUAUGCUCUUUGUCUGCUUCACGAUCUGGACAGGGAGCUUCAGCAAUUUCAGAGUUCUCUUCCUCAGCUUCAUGAAGAAAUCGAUGACCCGGAACAUGGCACUCUCCCUGAUCGGGAAAGUCCUCCAGUAAGCGACGAUUCAGACAGCGAGGACUUUUCCUCGUAUCAAAUGGAAUCUCUCUCGGAAGCUUUUCUGGUCAACAUGCAGUCGACUAUCGAUAGACUAUAUAAUCUGGCGUUCAAGAUUCGAAAUCCUGCCAUGAGAAUUGGACUCUCCAAGGCAACGACCUACUCUGAGAUAGACCCAGAGACUAAAAUGGACCUCAUCAAGGAGUUCGAGCAACGAGAUCUUCGCCAUGUUGAGGAGAUUUUUCGCUCCUUUGGUCAUCCAGAUCUAAGUCCAAGUCAAUACUUGAUCAAACGUCUUGCACGGGCUAAUACCCGACGGAGGCAGCAAUUUCGAUACUGGAACAAGCGCAGGGCAAAUUAUGCAGUGGCAGAACGCCCUCACCAAACAAAGAAUCCAAAACCCAGCUUGGAAAGGCCUCUCCAGUCACAAUCAGAGCGAACUGUAUUGCAACCUACUUCUGAGUCCUUGAAGGCCUCAACUGCAACAUGGUUGGAUGACAGAAAGGUCAAUUUGGACGAUGAUGUAUCCGUGAUAACCUCAUCAAGUACAGUUUUUUCAAUGUCCACCGAACGAGAUGGUGAUAAGGCAGCGAUUCCCCCUCCACCAAUGGUAAAUGCUUCAGUCAAGGAGUUUGAAUGUCCUCUUUGCUGCAUCAUCUGCCCACGAAAAACACUGAAACAAAAAGCAUGGCAGCCUUAUAUCUGCACCUACGAGGACUGUCGAGAUCCCGAUCAACAGUAUGACAGCCUCCACGACUGGAUCGGGCAUGAAGUUUCGAAUCAUCAACCAGAGUCACAGUCUAAUAUGUCACCGGCGCCGUUUCAAACCCGCGAUUGUCCAUUCUGCCAAUGUCAUAAUGUAUCUGUAUCUCACAUUGCUGGUCAUCUUCGAAGAAUAGCAUGUUUUGCUCUUCCAAGAUCACCUGCGCAUGAUGGAAGUCUUGGCUCAGCAGAUAAAGUUUCGCAAGGGGCCCAAGUUGACUCUGACAGUUCAGGCAGCCUGCUUAUCGGCAGUGUCCAUGAUGACCAACGCGAGAUGGGUGACAUGGAAAGGAUGUCGGAUUUGGAGGAAAAUCCCCAAGGACAAGACCACAUAUCAAAUCUCGAGGUCGCUGAUGAUCACGAAACCCUGUCUCGCUUUUUGACUGCUUCCCUUGGGGGGGAAAAAGCGCUCGUCCGGCAUCUUCUUGAACAUGGAGCCGAUGUCAAUGCUCAGGGUGGGGACUACGGAAAUGCUUUGCAGGCUGCUUCUGUGCAUGGGCAUACAGAACUCGUCCAGAUUCUCCUUGACCAUGGAGCCGAUACCAAUACGAAGGGUGGGCUUUAUGGAACUGCUUUACAGGCUGCUUCUCUGAAUGGGCAUAUAGAAAUUGUACAGAUUCUCCUUGAAUAUGGAGCCGAUGUCGAUACGCAGAAUCUGCUUUUCAGAGAUGCUUUACAGGCUGCUUCUCUAAAUGGGCAUAGAGAAAUCGUCCAGAUUCUCCUUGAUCAUGGAGCCAAUGUCAAUGCACAGGGCGGGGGUUACGGAAAUGCUUUACAGGCUGCUUGCGUGAGGGGACAUACAGAAAUCGUUCGGAUUCUCAUUGACCAUGGAGCCGACGUCAAUACCCAGAGUGGGCAGUACGGAAAUCCUUUACAGGCUGCUUCUGUGAAUGGGCAUACAGAAAUCGCCCAGAUUCUCAUUGACUAUGGAGCCAAUGUCAAUGCGCAGGGUGGGGGUUAUGGAAAUGCUUUACAGGUUGCUUCUGAGAACGGAUAUGCAGAACUCGCCCAGAUUCUCAUUGAUCACGGAGCCAAUGUCAAUGCGCAGGUUGGGGAGUACGGAAAUGCUUUACAUGCUGCUUCUGUGAAAGGGCAUACAGAAAUCGCCCAGAUUCUUCUUGAGCAUGGUGCCGAUGCAAAUGCGCAGGGCGGGGAGUACGGAAAUGCUUUACAUGCUGCUUCUGUGAAAGGGCAUACAGAAAUCGCCCAGAUUCUCCUUGAGCAUGGUGCCGAUGCCAAUGCGCAGGAUGGGAAUCACGGAAAUGCUUCGCAGGUUGCUUCUGUGAACGGGCAUACAAAGGCUGUCCAGCUGCCCUAUGUACCAACUCGGUUGGAAGAUCUGACCCUCAACCCCUCAGCUCAGCUUGAACGGACUGAUAGCUCCCACACCUCAGAGGAGGCAAUUCAGUCUGCCCAAAGAGCCGUCGACACUACCCCUGAAGACCAUCCUGACCUUCCACGUCGUUUAAAUGAUCUGGCAAACAUACUCUUCGCUAGAUAUGAACGAGUGGGAGAUAUAGGUACUCUAGAAGAGGGAAUUCAGGUUGCCCAAAAAGCCGUCGACGCUACCCGGGAAGACAAUCCUCGUUUACCACCCCGGUUGAAUGCCUUAGCAAAGAUGCUUUUUGCUAGGUCUCAACUAACGGGAGCUGAAACCGAUCUAGAGCAGGCAAUUCAGGUUGCCCAAAGAGCCGUCGACAAUACUCCGGAAGACCCUUCCCGUUUACUACCCCUGUUGAAUAGCCUAAAGAAUAUGCUCUCAACCAGGGAUGAUCGAAUCAAAGACCUUGGAUCAAGCUUGUAG